AUGCAGUCCAUGAUUCCAGAAUAUGCUACGAUCCGACCCAAGACCCCCUGUGAGCGUGCUAGAGAUGAUGUGAUAAAUGGCCUAAUUGAAGCCUUCAUCCCCACAUGUGAUGUCGCUGGACAAUACACCCCUGAGCAAUGUUCCGGCUCUACAGGUUGCUGUUGGUGUGUGAACAGUUCUGGACAGAAGAUCCUGGGUACUGAGACUCUACCAGGCACUGCUAGAAUCAACUGUGCCACACAGAAUGCUACGAUCCGAUCCAAGACCCCCUGUGAGCGUGCUAGAGAUGAUGUGAUAAAUGGCCUAAUUGAAGCCUUCAUCCCCACAUGUGAUGUCGCUGGACAAUACACCCCUGAGCAAUGUUUCGGCUCUACAGGUUACUGUUGGUGUGUGAACAGUUCUGGACAGAAGAUCCUGGGUACUGAGACUCUACCAGGCACUGCUAGAAUCAACUGUUCCACCCAGAAUGCUACGAUCCGACCCAAGACCCCCUGUGAGCGUGCUAGCGAUGAUGUGAUAAAUGGCCUAAUUGAAGCCUUCAUCCCCACAUGUGAUGUCGCUGGACAAUACACCCCUGAGCAAUGUUCCGGCUCUACAGGUUACUGUUGGUGUGUGAACAGUUCUGGACAGAAGAUCCUGGGUACUGAGACUCUACCAGGCACUGCUAGAAUCAACUGUUCCACACAGAGUAAGUGA